AUGGGGAUUGAAUUCACUGGGACUGUUCCAUUUUCUUAUGUUUAUUUGCACGGACUCAUCAGGGAUUCACAGGGGAGAAAAAUGUCUAAAACAUUGGGAAAUGUCGUCGACCCCCUUGACACCAUCAAAGAAUUUGGGACAGAUGCUUUACGUUUCACACUAGCUUUAGGCACAGCUGGCCAGGACCUUAAUUUGUCGACUGAGCGGUUGACCUCCAAUAAAGGCUUCACAAACAAAUUGUGGAAUGCUGGAAAAUUUAUAUUGCAGAACCUGCCUAAUGAGAAUGAUACUUCUGCCUGGGAACAAAUAUUGUCAUAUAAGGUAGAGACAAUCUUAGCAUCCAAGAGUUAG